AUGCAUAUUUUAGACGACUUUACAAAUUGUGAAAAUGAUGUACGAUUGGAUAAAAAAGUGGCGAUAGUCACUGGGGCCACAGCGGGUAUUGGACUAGAAGUUGCCAAGAAUCUAGCAAAGCGUGGAGCCAAAGUCAUCAUAGCAAGUCGCAAUCCUGCCAAGUUGUUAGAUGCAAAAAAUACCAUCAUCCACAGCUCUGGUAACGAAAAUGUUAUUACAAAGACAAUGGACUUCGAAUCUCUCAAAUCCAUUCGCAAUUUUGCCAAUGACAUCAACACGUUCGAGCCGAGGCUUGACAUAUUAAUUAAUAAUAUCGGAGCCCUCGGACUAGAAGAUCGAUUGACUGCUGACAACUUACACACUAUGAUGCAAGUUAAUUACUUUGGAGCAUUUUUAUUAACUUUUCUUCUUUUUCCACUAAUGAAAGCAUCAGCGCCUAGUAGGAUCAUAAACGUGUCAUCUUUAGGUCUUAUUUUAGGGCAAAUUGAAAUUGAUCACAUGAAUGAUGUAGGAAGAUACUCCAAUUUUGGAUAUUAUUGCAACGCUAAAUUAGCGACUGUGUUAUUUACGGUGGAAAUGGAUAAAAGAAUUAAAAGCAGUGUUAGCAGU